CAGUUCUCUCGUGCCCUAUCGUGGGGAUAGAUUGAUAUUUGUGAUAUUCGGUCCUUCAUAACUUUACGCAUUGCAGAUCGGAAAAAACUGUACGAUGAAUACAACUACUUGAAUAUUCGGAAAGAAACUGAUUGUUAGAAAUGAAUGAAACAAUGCUCUGGAAGGUAGUCUUCUUCGUCAAUUUCAUGAGUCUACUCUCUGACACCGCCCUCAUUGGAAGGGCUAAGAGGCGAGAGAGGAAGAGUCGGGAAAUAACGACGUUCCCGGUUGGGGAAAGGUGUUCAUUUCCGUGCUCCUGUCCGGUUACAAAUGAAGACUGCAAAGAUUGUGGAGAAUGUUCUAGGCAGGCAGGAGAGCCAUGCAGUGACGAUGAACCUUGUGAUAUAAGAAAAUCGUUAGUUUGUAAAUUUCUCCAUGGGGAUGCCGAAGGAAUAUGUAGAUUGACAACCGGAGUUGCUUGUAUCGUCUACAACAAAACAUACGAACAUGGAGAAACUUUCGAUUUGGAUUGCAGAACACGUUGUGUUUGCCAGAAUGGCACGUACGGUUGCUCGUCACUAUGCCCACAAGAACAUAUUUCCCCGAAAGGGUCCUGCCAACAUCCCAGACUUGUCGAGUUGCCGGGCCAAUGCUGUAGGGAAUGGAUGUGCGACAGUCAGAAAGCAGAGCAGCCCACUUCCUGUAGAUCAUUCUUCACAGCAUGGAGUGAGUGCAGCAGUAAUUGUGGCGCUGGUUUGUCUACCAGAAGAUCGAAUAUAAAUCCUAGAUGCUCUCCAGAGUUGGAGACUAGGCUGUGUCAGAUUAGAAGAUGUCAAGAUCCACCAUUAAUACUCAAGCAAAAAACACAACAUCAUCUCAGAAGAGGACAUGAAUGCAAAGCUACUCACCGAUUGAGUACAUCUGUCUACAUUCGAUUUGGCCCAUGCAGAAGCAAGAAGAAGUUUCGUCCAAAAUUCUGUGGCAGCUGUCCUACUCCCAACAUCACGUGCAAACCGAGCCUAAGCACCACCGUGAAGGUUGAAUUUCUGUGCAAUGGGAUUCCACCCUCAGAAGAUAUCAGUGAAUCUCUACCAGAAUAUCUAGAGGCUGAAGAAGAUCUAUGGUCAGAUGACGCAUUUGCUUCCACAACAGAACUCAAGAAAUUAACCAUCUUAUUCCAGUGGGUUUUGAAAUGUAGCUGUGAGACUGAGAUACUGAUUCCGACGUUGCCCACGGGAGAAGUAAUUUUGCACAGGGUACAUAGGACAGCAGCGCCAUAAAUAUCGAAAAAUAUUGUCAUAUCAGAUAAAGAAAAGUAGAAUCUGAGAUGUUCAGGUGAUCGAUACUAAGCCUAGGGUUGAUUUAUGACUUAAUUUUGUUAACUUUGUGCCUGGGCAUUCAUAUUUGAGUUCUAAAUAUAGAAAAAGAGAAUUUUAGAUUCCUAAUUCUAUAAAACGUUCGAUUGAGGAAUAAAAAUUAAAAGAGAUCGUAUAAUCACACUCGCACAUUUUCUGACCAUAUACCACAAAUACCGUGCUAGUCAAACGUUUUAAGAAAGGUCAAUUUAAAUUUUAAUAAUUCUGCAGAAAAUUGAACUUGAACUUGAAAUGUCAGAUCGUACAGAGGGCGAUGAGUGCUAGAUAUCCCGAAAAUAUUAAUGUCUUCGUAAUAAGGCAUUAGAAAAAUCCGCAGUCCUAAAAGAAACUUGUAAAACUAAGAUGUCUUGAAAUACUGGAGAUCCCACUCACCGACUUCCAAAAAAAAAAUGAUUUCUAUAUGGUUCUUUAGCGACACUAUAAUCAAAAACAAAAAUAUAUUUUUCAAUUCACCAUAUUUCUAAAAACUAUUUUAUAUUUAGUAAAACUAGUCUGAGGAGUUUAUGUUACUACUACACUCCUAUCGAACGAAGCAAUCACAAACUCUUAUCACCCAUAAUAACCUAUAGAAACUUGAAUUCAAGUUCAAAUAUUCUCGAAGAACCAAAAAAUGUCGCAUUUUCCCUAUUUGAACCAGUAUAUAUCUUUAUAAAUUGCAGUAGUCUUACCCAUAGACCGCGCUCUGCUUUCACACAGCACCGCACUGUAUGAGGAUGUAAGGGUUGAGGAUUAAAAUGGAAAAAAAUGAGAUUUAUACAAUGCAAACGUUCCUCCGAAUGAACUGUAUAUUGAUACCUAUAUGUUAAAUGUCCGUAAUUGAAACCAGAACGCUAAAUGCAAAACCGAGAACUUUAUAUUACCAAACUUCAACUUUUCUUUCCGAUAACAAUACCUCUAUACGUACGUCUCUAUAUUUCAAGUAUAUGCGAUGUUGCAAUAACCUCAGAAUAAACAUCACAAUAAAAAAAGGGCUACAACAUAUCAUUUCGGGAAUAAUGGCGAAACAGGAAUUAUGAGAAUCAGGUAGUAUUUUUUAGGAUUUGGUCUUUCAGGAAAAACGUCUGGAGGUGAUUUUGAAGAAGUUUUAGUCAGCGAACUAGAAGAAAUGGCUGUGUUAAGUUUCUGGAUUCUGAUAUAUUUAAUUGAUAUUCUGAAUAUUAUAACUUUUAUAGUUUGAGGACUUCCCUUCUCAGCUACCGUUAAUUAUAGCGUAUUCGACUGUCUGCACCAGUUCGAAUUAAUUCGAACUAAUUAGGUAUGUCAUUUGGCACUACAAAAAUUCGAAUUAAUUCGCACUGGUGAAGUCAGUCGAAUACGCUAUUAGUUAUUAACUGUCACUCCUCCUUACACUGUCUGAUCAUGCGUCAUCCCAUUACGCAUGAUCUAACCAAACAACCAUAGAACUAAUACAUAUAUACCCAAUAAUAUAUUACAGUUCUACUAAUCAAAAAUAUGACAGUACAGGGAUUCGAUAAUGCGAGUUAUACAAGGUGAUUCAUUAGCUCACCGAAAAACUUUUCCAUAUGAAAGAUCAUGUAAUUCUAACAAAAAAACGUUAUGGGAACAUAUGUCUUUAAAAUAAAUUACUUCAAAGGUUUUUUCAUUCUCUUGAUAUGAUUUAUUAAUAACAAGAAAGUAUGCUUAAAAGCAAGCGUGAAUACACUUUUCAGUUGGUUUUCUAAUUGUAUUAGACGUAUUUUCUCUAUAUUUCAGUCUAGUUUUGUGAAAUAUUGUCGAAAUUCAAUGAAAAAUUCAGAUCCUACAUCCUUGUGACCUUUAUAUUGCAUCUUGGCAGUUGGUGUGAUUGUAACGAAAAUUGACAAAUUACGGAAUUUCAAUUUGA